AUGCAUCUGUUAUCUCAAAUCUUACAUUUAUUUUUAUUUCUGUUAUUGUUUUUUCCAUCUUUUAGGUGUUGGUGUCAAGCUUGUUGGCAAUACAGUGUGGAGUACCCUCUUUCAUCAAUUCUUAAUAGUGAUGUCACUAAUAAUCCUUCUGAGGGGGUGUUUGUUGGGCUGCUUCUUUCAAUGUCAUUAACAACAGUGGUUUUGAAGUUUUUGAUGGAAAAGAAUAGUGUUAAUGCUCUUCAUAGAAAAGUAUGUUGGUAUUUUAGGAAAUUUGGCUAAUAAUUUAGUUAAUUAUAUAAAAAAUGUUGAAAUCUUACAUUUGUCUACUAUUGGAAUGAUUAUUUUUAGUAUUACAUUUGUCUACUA